CGUAUCGUUUACAUUGGGGCAUCCGAAACAGCUGAGCUUGCAUCGACUAGAUACCCGAACUCGUACAUCAAUUACAUCCAGAUAGCGUGGAUCAUCCAAACCGAAGAAGUUCGCAAGAUCCGCAUUUCCUUUGCCCAGUUUUCUACAGAGUCUGGGUAUGACGUCUUCCAAGCUGGUGAUGGCAACAUUAGCACCCACAAUGUGUUCUUUCAGUGGAGUGGGAGCAGAAACCCGCCCGAUCUGCGGUCAGCUGGAAAUACCAUGUGGCUUCGGUUCACUACUGACGGAAGUGUCAGAUAUUCAGGGUUUCUGCUGACGGCAUUCAGUGUACCUGCCUCUGAAAUGUUGACCUGUUCUCUUAAUGAAUUUGACUGUGGACAUUACUGCAUCCGUGGCACCCUGCAGUGUGACCGUGAAGCUGACUGCUUUGAAGGAACGGAUGAACUAAAUUGCGACGAGGACCGUAUCGUCUACAUUGGGGCAUACGACACAGCUGAGCUUGCCUCGACUAGAUACCCGGACUAUUACGUCAACGACAUCCAGAUAACUUGGAUCAUCCAAACCGAAGAAGCUCGCAAGAUCCGCAUUUCCUUUACCUUGUUUUAUACCGAGUAUUGGUAUGACGUCUUCCAGGCCGGUGAUGGCAACAGUAGCGACCACAAUGUGUUCUUCCAGUGGAGUGGGAACAGAAACCCGCCCGAUCUGCUGUCAGCUGGAAAUACCAUGUGGCUUCGGUUCACUGCUGACGGAAGUGUCAGAUAUUCAGGGUUUCUGCUGACGGCAUUCAGUGUACCUGCCUCUGACAAUUUGACAUGUUCUCCUGACCAACUUGACUGUGGGCAUUCUGUGUGUGUCGCCUCUUCCUGGCAGUGUGAUGAUGUGCCGGACUGUUGGGAUGGAAGCGAUGAACUAGGCUGCGGUACUGAUGAAGUAUUCCUGAGUGCCAAUGAAACAGCCACCAUAUCAAUUUCAUCCGUUCGCAUUAACUCUAUGUGGCUCAUUCAGACCGUGGAAGACCGGAGAGUUCUCAUCACUUUUCCCACCGGUUAUUUCUAUUUGAGUGGAUCAUUCGUAUUGCGAGCCGGUGAUGGUGACGAUAGUACCAACAACACAAGUGUCUUUUUUGAAUGGAGGAGGUCUAGGUAUAGGCCCCCAGACCUGCUGUCAGACGGGAAUAAGUUGUGGAUAACCUUUGAGCGCGGAAAGUCGUUUAGCUCAUACAACUUCCGCAUACUUGCUACGAGCGUCCCGUUAGCAGAAGCUCUGGUUUGUUCUUUGGGUGACGUGGACUGCGGACAUUCGGUCUGCCUUAGCAACGUCUUGCAGUGUGAUACCAUCUCAGACUGCGUAGAUGACAAUGAUGAGUUGGACUGCGAUAAAGACCGUUUGCUGUUUAUUCCGGCCAAUGAGACAGCUCGCAUUAGCUCGACGUCAUAUCCAGACUACUACCCCAACAACCUGAAUAUUACUUGGAUCGUCCAAACCGAAGUGGGUUGGAAGAUUCGCAUGAAAUUUUUCAGCUUUUCAACCUAUACUUACUACGGUGAUGACCUGCUCUGUGCGGGAGAUGGUAACAAUGCAGCCAACACUCAGUUUUUUAAGUGGCAUGGGUCUAGAAUGCCUCCUGAUCUUCUAUCCACUGGCAGUGACAUGUGGCUUCGAUUUACCUCUGACGGGUAUGGUAGCCGCUCUGGAUUUUCUUUAGAGGCUUCUUCUGUACCUUCUUCGGAAAUCUUGAUGUGCUCCCCAAGUGACUUUGACUGUGGUCAUUACUCAGUCUGCAUCCCUGACAUUUGGAAAUGUGACGGCCAAGUUGAUUGCUUGUUAGUUGCAGAGGGUGACGAGCAUAACUGUGACAAAGAUCGUGUUGUGUUCCUGGGGGCAACGGAAACAGCCGAGCUUGGGUCUACACGCUAUCCCUCCUCGUAUUCGUCUAACAUUGAGAUAACAUGGAUCUUCCACACCGAAGAAGACCGCAAGAUUCGCGUCCGUUUCUCCGACUUCCGAACCGAGCAUCUGACUGACUUUGUCCAGGCAGGAGACGGCAACAGGACCACAGACAACUCAUUCUUCAGAUGGAGUUGGUACAAGCUUCCGCCUGAUCUGCUGUCCAGUGGUCCGGUGAUGUGGCUUACUUUCAAAUCAGAUAGCAGUAACAAUGAUCGCGGAUUUUUGUUGUCUGUUGCCAGCGUGCCAGCUACAGAGGGAUUAACCUGUUCGACUGACGAGUUUGACUGUGGGCAUUCAGUCUGCAUAAGUACUUCUUCGAAGUGUGAUGCAGUAAUUGAUUGUUUGGAUGGAAGUGAUGAAAUCAAUUGUGACAAUCGCACGAUAUUUCUCGGUGCGAACGAAAAUGCCCGGAUUACAGAUCCGUUUUAUCCCAGCCGCUACCCGAGAAACCUAGAAACAACCUGGACCAUACAGACAGAGGUGAAUCGAAGGGUUCUCGUCACUUUCCACACCUUUUCAAUUUCUUCUUCUCGUCGCGGCAUAUUCAAGGCAGGUGACAGCGGCGCUAACGACACGUUCUAUGUUUCACACCGGUGGAGGUUUCCACCAAAGCUACUCUCCGAUGGCCGGACGAUGUGGCUCAGUUUGGAUUCUGGCAAGAAUUCGGUUUGGAGAUUUGUAUUGACCGCUUCUAGUGUACCAUCAACUUACACCCUACCAUGUUCGUGGCGCAACUUCGACUGCGGUCACUCUGUCUGCAUUGAUGGCAGUUGGCGAUGUGACGGUCAACUGGACUGUUUUGACGACAUUGAUGAACAAAAUUGCGAUAGCUGUGUCGGUCGGUGCUUUUUAGACGGUCCUCGGACCGGAGAUUGUUGGUGCGACGCUGCGUGCGAACUGACAGGAGACUGCUGUUCAGACUACAUUGAGCAUUGCCAGGGGGCAAUGAUCCCAACUACUACCGCUCAACCAGCUGUCGAUGAAUGUAACCCGGACGCGCCGUUGCACAACUGCGACGACAAUGCGAUCUGCAAUGAUACCUUCGAAAGCUUCACUUGCACCUGUAGACCUGGAUAUGCAGGAAACGGCGUGUAUUGCACAGAUGUGGAACCGCCCAGCAUCACUUGCCCUGCCGACUUCACAGUCUACACGGACUGCAGGAAGAGCUACUCAACGGUCUCCUUGCCCGACGUCCAGUCUGCAUCCGACAACUCCGGCCAGUAUGCCAUCAGCAUAAACAUUGGCGGCUCGAUAUACGAGGUGGGCGACACCACGACUCUCAGUCUGGGAGCAUCACCUCACAUGGUGCGCUACACCGCUACUGACAAUUCCUACGCUGCAGACUGUGAUACAUACGUGACGGUGGCAGAAGUUUCCGAUGGAACAUUCUGUGAAGCAACCGGAUAUCCACCAAACUGCAUCUGUACGUCAAACGAAGGGCUCGACUGCACUUGUUUCUAUGGAAACUGCGGCCAUGACUGUUCUCAAUCCGCUGAGGGAGUUGAAUGUACGGGACCAGGCGAACCAUAUUCAAACUGCACAGAUGUCGAUCAUUGCGAUCCUGGGCACUCCGGGCCACGCUGUGACAGCGACAGUAACACUCUGCAGUUUCCUGAAGUGGACAAUCGCUGUCUUGCCGACAGACAGUCGUCCGCGCAAAUCAGUUGGACGCUUGGCCCCCCGGGUACUAGCUCCGACGUAACUUGCAGAGAUUCCUUGGACGGAGCCACUGUGGGGACUACCGGGGGUGUGUUUGGUGUUGGGAUGCACCAUGUGGUCUGCUCCUCGGCAACUAAUGCCUUCCCAGACUGCCUGAUCUCUUUCAGUGUUUCAGAUUUCCCGUCUCUGACAGUACCGGCAGUCGGUGAUCAGUGCACGGAUCCAGGCAUGAACACAUCUACAGUGACAUGGACCGAGGUUCAAGCCAUGGACGCUGGUGAAGUCACCAUCGAUUGCACAGAUUCUGGUGAUGGCGUUGGUGUCGGUAUUGCAGGAGGUGUAUUUGGUGUAGGGCCACAUACCAUCACAUGCUGUGCUGUCAAUGAUGUUGGGUGUUCAGAGUCAAAGGACUUCACGUUCAUUGUCAUGGAGGGCAAUCUCGUCCCAUUUGGAGAAGAAAUUGGAGACUCCCUGUUGUCAAGGAAACGGCAAGGGCCACGCUCAGCAAAGGAUCUGAUAUCACCUACCAUCUAUCCACCAAACUUCUUUCCCUUCGGCAGCAAGCUUUACGAAAAGCUAUACUUUACUGACAAUGGAGUGAUUGUCCUGUCCAACGACCAAAGCCUUGAUAAACGAGCGUUCCCCAGUCCGCGGGGUAAAACUUUCCCCGGUGACAGGGCGAUGAUAGCGCCGUUUUGGGCGGACGUCAGAGCUAACGCCUUCACUGCCACAGAUAAUGUGUUUUGGCAGGUGCACGAUCAGUAUGAUCCAAAUGUCAACCAGAACAUGCUGGAUGUUGUCAGUCUCAUAGUUUCAGCCUACUACAGUGGUUUUUCAGCAAACUGGGCUCUGUCUAUCACCUGGAGAAAUGUAAAGGCCAUAUCACCCUCAAAAGAGACGAAUACCUUCCAAGCUUUGCUUGUGACUGACGGAGUCCGCGCUUUCGUCGUCUUCAAUUACGAUCCCUGCGGCAUGAACUGGGACGCUAAGUUGUUACUCAACAAGAACGUCAUCCAGGGCUUCACCUCCGGAGUCUUUGGCGAAACUGUGUAUGUAGACAUACCCGAUGAAUCACGGUUCCGCCCCGGUGGCAUAGUGGGCAACACAGGGAAGACAGGACGCUGGGUCUACCGACUCGACAGCCUCCCGGACGGUUUUGUCAAUCCGCGUUUGUCCUGCCACAAUUGGUAUCACCGCCAGGAACCGUACCCACUAUUUGCCAUCCACUAUCCUCCGUUCGCAGACACGUGCCCAUGCAGUCUGUGGAACGCCAGAUUUGAUUGGAGAUACACUGAGGUCUCGCGAUCAGUCGUCUUGCCCGCUGAUGGAAAUUCAGGAUAUCCUGCCGUUUGCUACGUCAGGCUCUUCCAGGUUUCUUGGAUCCCCGGUCCACGGUGCUGCUAUAAUCUGUUCAGCCGGGAUCUUGUGUACGACGUCCGAAGUGCCAGGGUCGCGUCUGUCUUUGAGAGGUAUCCGCUUGGGCCUAUAUUUUACAGGGCCAACUCUUUCGACCUGUGGAAAAAUGAAGAUGUACUCCCACGCUAUUAUUGUUGUGAGAAGUCUACUCUUUGCCACCUGUACAGAAGAUGGCGACCUCUAAUGACUUGCAGGUGGUACAGGCCACCAGCCUGGGUCUGGGGUUUUGGAGACCCCCACGUCGUUACGCUUGAUGGACUGGAGUACACCUUCAAUGGUCUGGGUGAAUACACACUAGCACUCAUCGAAGAUGACGAUGGACAAAGAGUCUUUGAACUGCAGGGUCGCACACGACAGGCCGUGGAUACGGAGACAGGGGAACUUAGUCAGGCUACUGUCUACUCUGGAUUCGCUGCGGUGUACACAGGAGAAGCAAAGAUUGAGAUCAAGUUGAGUGAUGAUGCCAUGGAUUUGGUAACGACUGUCAAUGGGACCGUUGUCACACCCACUGCUCAAGGAUUGCAGUUUGAAAAUCUUCAGGUAACGAGGGCGGAGAAUCCAAUCAAAGUGAGCGUCAUGUAUUCUGAAUACGUCACCUUUACCGUCGGGGUGAACAACAGCAUGGCCGACAUCACAAUCCUUUUCAACGAGGACUUCAAAGGAAAAACAAAAGGAAUUCUAGGUGUGUGGGAUGACGACCCAAGCAAUGAUGUGUUGACGCGUAAUGGCACUCUGCAAACAGGCUCUGGAGACAAUGGAGAGCUGGUGGAGAGGGACUACUUCGAAUUUGGCCAAACAUGGCGAGUUGUGGAGGAAGACUCUCUGUUCUUCUAUCAGUCUCCUGAUGAAAGCUAUGACUCCUUGAACGACCCCAACUUCACUCCAGACUUCCUGCAAGAUUUGAUCGACAAGGCACAGCCGGGCAAAUACAACGAGGCCAAAGCGGUCUGCGGAUCAAGCAAAGUGUGUCUGUACGACUCCUUGGCUCUGAAUGAUACCAGCAUCGGUAUGGCUACAUCGGCACUCAAUGAGGUGAACAUGGAAAACAUGGCAAUCGCGACCAAUUUCCCACCAAACAUAACGCUUGUGGGCUCCAUCGAAGUUAUUGUGGGCAAGAACUUCAUCCUGCAACUGGAAGCAGUGGAUCCUGACGGCGAUGACGUCACUUUCGACUUACUUGAGAUGGUACCAGGGGCAGCCAUCUCAGCCUUAGGUCGAUUUUCUUGGACACCAGAGAACAAGACUAAAGUGAAGAUCGGCUUCCUAGCAACAGAUGGAAAAGCGAGUGCCACACUGGAACCUAUCGUGAAGCUCUGUGACUGUCAGAAUGACGGCACCUGCCUGUUUGAUCAGUACGCGAGUGGGGUGAACAUCGUUCAGGACCGAUUUGGGGUGGUGUUAUGCCAAUGUGAGCCUGGCUGGUCGGGAGAGUUCUGUGAAGAGAACUACGACGCGUGCGCAGACAACCCAUGUUUCCUGAAUGUUGAUUGCGUGGAUGAGGAUCCACCCUCGUUGAACAGCACCUGCGGACCUUGUCCAGCGGGACUUGAGGGGGACGGGAAAUCGUGUCAAGAUAUUGAUGAGUGCGAGCUGUACAGAGACCAGCCAGCCAGCGGUGGCGGACUGGGCUGCGACCAGAACUGUCACAACAUCCUCAUGAACUUCACGUGUAGCUGCAAUGCUGGAUACUUACUGCAUGAAGAUGGGAAGCAAUGCAUUGGCUCUCCAACGACUUCAGGCUUGCCAGCUGAACGAGCAAGUACAGCGCCCCCGGUCCUGGCCGAAACGGAAGAAUCAACAACAGCAACCGAGAAAAUGUCGACACCCCAGCCAGAAGAAAGGCCCUCUACAGAAUCUACUACCAAAGGCGUUACAGACGGUUGUCAGUUGUCUGCGUCAAGCUGUUUGAAUGGAGGGACCUUUGAUUCGGAGUUCUGCGAGUGCGUCUGCCCACUUACGCACUCGGGAAUGACGUGUGCUGAUGAGAAUCGCUGUCUUUCCAGCAACAGAUGUGGGAAUGACCAAUACUGUUUACCAAGCAAUGAUCCGUCGGGAUUCACUUGCCACUGCAAUAUCAUCCAAGGAUUUGUCGAGGGUGAUUCUGGUCAGUGCCAACGGUACCCAUCCAAGAAUGUCGUGAUUACUGCUCGUAUGAACUUCAACGAAGCCUUCAAAAACCCAACGUCGAAAGCAUUCAAUAAAACUGCAGCCGUGUUUGCGAAGGCAAUUUUGAAGACUCUUAAAGAAAACCCAUCAACCAAUGACGUUUUGUCGGUGGUAGUUCCUUUAAUGGAGGAGGGCAGUGUUGUCAUCAGAUCUGUAGCACUGUUUGAAACUGCUGCACCGUCCAACGCCAUUUUACGUCAAGUGCUGGCAAGCAGUGAUACACUGACUGAUGGCAGUACAGUCAUUGACAUUGUUCAAAACUCGAUCCUUGUGGAUGAUGAGGCAAUAGACUGUGUACCGACUUACUGCAUGAACGGUGGGACGUGUGAGACGUCGGGUAUCUUUCCUUAUAAGAACUACGCAUGCAGUUGCCCUGAGUCUUUUACCGGUCAGCGAUGUGAGUCUGACGUGGUGCCACCUCCAGAAGAUGGAUUGUCCACAUUGGCCCUGGUUUUGAUCAUCAUUGGGUCGAUCACUUUGAUCCUCGUGGUGGUAGCCAUGCUCCUCUUCUUUUGUCUGUACGCAAAGAGCCAACAGUCCAAGGCAUCUUUGCAAAGUCAUCUCAACCGCAGUAGGUCUAGGGUUGCCCCACAGGAUGACAAAGGCAGUGAUAACAUUGGAUCUCAGUCCACGGCACACGAUGGUAACGUGCACUGUAGUGUGUCAGUUAUAGGUGAUGAAGUUACAAAGUCAAAUCAUUCGAUGGACGGCAUCAGUCACCCACCGUACAUCCAGCAGGGUUUGGCAAGCCGUGAAGCGUUUGUUAGGCCUCAUAUGGUGUCAGGCAUGGAGAAUCGCAGUGACAAUACAGCAUAAUGACGCCGCUGGACGCGUGGAUCGCAAUCCUCAUGUCUGCUAGAUUGACCAUGUACCGUACACAGUUCUGAGAGACAGAUUGUAAAGAUUUGGAUUCCCUUGUAAUCUGUCGGAAGAAGAAAGCUUUGAAUAGUCUAUUUUCAUCACUUUUAAUUGUUAAUUUUGCUGGUUCCGUUGAGGUCCAUCCUACAGUCCUCUUUGUACUGGAUGGACUCACUCACCGUCACUUGUGAGUCGGGCAGUGCUAUUAUAUAGGAUUACCCACUUAUACCAAUAAAUGAGCCCAAUCUGCCUUGCUCCAGAUGCAUGGAUAGAGCCAUUCUGGUUCAAUUGAAUGUAAUUCUGUGGCCUCAGGACCAGCUUUACUAGGUUUGCCGUGUCGUGCAUAUUAUUGCUAUUGUAAUUUUUCUACUCAGUACAUGUUUAAGUGGACACAGUUUAGGGACCACAUCCCUACAAAGAUACUAGGUUUGCCAUGUCGUGCAUAUUAUUGUUAUUAUAUUUUUUCUACUCAGUACAUGUUUAAGUGGACACAGUUUAGCGACCCCAUCCCUACAAAGAUAUUAGGUUUGCCAUGUCGUGCUUGUUAUUAUUUUGUUCUACUCAGUCCAUGUUUAAGUGGACACAGUUUAGGGACCCCAUCCCUAUAAAGACACUAGGUUUGCCAUGUCGUGCAUAUUAUUGUUAUUAUAUUUUUUCUACUCAGUACAUGUUUAAGUGGACACAGUUUAGGGACCCCAUCCUUACAAAGAUACUAGGUUUGCCGUGUCGGGCAUAUUAUUGUUAUAUUUUUUUCUACUCAGUACAUGUCAAUAGUGGACACAGUUUAGGGACCCCAUCCCUAUAAAAAUAGUACGUUUGCCGUGUCGUGCAUAUUAUUGUUAUUAUAUUUUUUUCUACUCAGUACAUGUUAAGUGGACACAGUUUAGGGACCCCAUCCCUAUAAAGAUCAAGGUAAAAAAAAAAUUGUCUUUUGCAGAAAGGCUAAUUUUGGCAUGAUUAAAAUGUGACCUCCGAUGAUUCACUUGUCAUUAGACUGAAUC